AUGGCGCCUCAUAGCACGAGUCCGCCGCCACAAACGACCUCGGCAUCAGCUCCUCCUCACAUCGAACCCUCUUUCCCUUUAUCGAACUCAUCGCUCUCAUAUUGGCACCGCACCACCCGCGCCUUUAAAUACCUGAACGCCAACAGUACUGUUUCCGUUCCCUCCAGCUCCCCCAUAGUCAUCAUCGGCUCCGGCCUGUCUGGCGCACUAACCGCCUUCUCUCUCAUCACCACUCAUUCCGUCACCGCCUCCGACAUACUCAUCCUAGAGGCCCGUGAAGCAGUGUCUGGGGCUUCUGGCCGGAACGCCGGGCACGUCCGUCCGGAUGCUUUCCGCGGCUUCACCGGAUAUGCUUCACUGCAUGGAUCCGAACAGGCGCUGAAGAUCAUCGCGAACGAGAAGCUAGUAUUCGAGCGGGUCGAUGCGUUCGUAAAGGAACACGGUGUCCAAUGCGACUUCCAUCCGACCACGACGUUCGACGUGUGCCUGACCGAGGAGUUUGCAAAGUAUGAGAAAGAGGCGUAUGAUGCUUUCGUGCAAGCUGGUGGGGAUGUAGGGCAUGUGAAGUUUUGGCAAGGCGAAGAGGCGCGACGGAGGACGAGAGUAGAAGGGACCGUGGCAGCGUACGAGUGGCCGGCAGGAAGCAGCCAUCCGGCGAAGCUGUGUCAGUGGCUGUUGAAGACAGUCGUCGAGCAAGGCGCGAAGCUGUGGACGCAUUGCCCGGCGCUCGAGUUAAAGGACACAGCAGGUAGGAAGUGGGCUGUCAGCACACCAAGAGGUGUUGUCACAGCUGACAAAGUCGUGCACUGUACGAAUGGCUAUUCGGCCGCACUGCUUCCACAGUUGAAGAGCUUUGUGACGCCCAACAAGGCCCAGGCUCACGCACUGGUUCCGCAACAUGGCUAUACAGGUGACCAAGUGUUGGAGAGCACCAUGAGCUUGCGCUAUAGCAUGCAUCACUUUUACUCAUUGAUACAGCGCCAAGGAGAUGGGACGCUUGUCCUCGGAGUGUCGAGAGCAAACCCCGAGCUGAGCCAGAGCACCAAAGCACAGGUCGUCAGCUUUGAUGACGGCAGUUUCAACUCAGAGGUCGCUGAUGAUGCCCUGCGGCGCUUCAAGAUCAUAUUUCCGCAAACAGAAUCUGAGAAGCAGCGGCAUGGGGAAGGACUGGAUCAUGCCUGGACUGGCGUGAUUGGUAUGACACCCGAUUCGGUGCCCUUGGUAGGACCCAUCGAUGAGUUGCCAGGGCAGUAUAUCUGUGCCGGUUUCAAUGGUCAUGGCAUGGCAAGGAUCUGGACGUGUGCGCCAGGACUUGCAAGGCUGAUGCAAGGUGGUCAAUGGGAGGAGACAGGCUUACCAGAAUGCUUCCAAUAUACGGCCGAGAGGCUUUCGAGAACGGCGCAGAAGCGCCAGAAGCCUAGUGUCUGGUAA